CGAGCUGUGUGUUGCAGCCGGAUCACUAUCUUCCAAAUCCUCAAAACAUUCGUCGGCUUGAAAGCCCAAAAUAUCGAAGAGCCGCUGGCAGGUGUUCUUCUGCUCGGACAGUUUGCGGGGCUCGUUAACGGCAUCCUGAACCAAAUCGCCAAUUAGCAAGUUAAUGACGAUCGCAGUCUGCGGUGGCUCCCUGCACGCCAUUAAGUUUACAGCGUCCACAGAUCAAAUUUGGAAAAGUAUCGAAAAAUGUCUUACAAGCUACUGAAGUCAACAUAAUUUCGGCAUAUACAAAACGAUGUUGACAACUAUCACACCGGAACUGAAUUUAUCACUCAAAUUUUGUAUUAGCUGGUCAAAAAAAUUCCCAGUUUUCAACACAACGCAAUGGAUAAUCAUAUGGAUAAGAACGAUGAGGACAAGAGGUCGUCAUCCCCGGAUUCUCAACGUCAAGUUAUAAUAUAUAUGCCACCCGCCGUUGAACAUGGUCAUGUUGUGUAUCUAAAAGAUGCGAAUUUAGGCGCCACAGAGACGGAGGCUUCUGCACAACUCGACCCACAGGAGCAUCUUUCGAAUGCGGAUCGGUUGGAGAACAAUCGGGUGAUUUCAGAGCUGGAUGAUGAGCCGAGCACGAGUGCUCAGUCCGCAGUUAAGGGUCAGAAAUCAGAAGAUGAUCAGGGUCACCAGACCAAGACAGGUAUUUCAAAAAUGCCAGGAUCUCCUAAGCAGUUGCACAAUGUAUUGGAAGUAAUCUGUCGCUUCUCACGCGAGAUUCCUGAUGCAAUGGAGGGCCGGGAGCAACUCCAGCCGGCAGUGAUUGUCCAAAUUCCAAAAUAUCGCGAACUGGGAACCCAGACCGCUGAGUUGCCAUCGCAGUCGCAGCGAUUGCGUUUGGAUCUGACCGACCUGAGACCAGAUCCGAAUCCACCGCCCUGCGAACGCACGCUGCACACAUUCACGAUUAGUGGCAACAAUCUGCCGGGCAAUCCUCGCCAGCUUCGUCAAACGAUCUGCGCGCGAAUUGGACGCUCCAUCUGUGAUUUUGUGGCAGCCUUUUGUCUUUGUCUGCAAGUGAACAAGGAUUGUGUCUUCUGUCUGGGUUUUUUUGUGGCCUUUGUGAUCAGUGCCAGCUUCCUGACUGCCUUCUUCUACCGCACUCUUACCUUCUCCUCGUCGCCGGUGCGAGUGGUGGCCAAUCCGGUGAGCGGCACCAUGCGCUAUGAACUUGCCACACUGCGAUUCAACGGAGGGUACUACUACAUCUAUAAUAGCAGCCAACAAAAGCUUCUCUAAUCU